ACAGCACUUCAGACAGCAGUAUGCUGUAGUCGGCAAUCUUCCGUUUUGGUAUAGAGUGGGACAGGGAGGGGGUGAUGCUACUGCUGUAGUCGAACGGUGGGACGGACGUGCAGUUCAGUUUUUGGGCACGCAUAAGGUGCUGCAGGGAUUUUUAGGUGUACCUCUUCGGGCUCUUGGAUACCUUUUUCUCGUUAUAUGUGUGCGUGUUCUUUAGAUCCUCAGAUGGCUCUAGCACUUUCGUGACCACGAGCUGAAAGUCUUUUGCUAGAUUUUGGCAUUUAGCAACUGACAUACGGUUUAAUGUGAAGACAACAACCUACCUAGACUAGUCUAUCCCUUUUUUGAUUUUUUUUUUAUGUGGGGGUUUGCUGUACAUAAUAGUCUACACGUCGUGCGCCUGUGCCAGCGAGUUUUUUUCAUUUACCACCCAACGUGGUGCAGCGUGCCACGAGUUGCCUGCCGUGCAGGGGGAUCAUGUCCCUGUCCAACCCCUUAUCCCAUGGGUUGUUGAAGGACCUUGGCAAACUCUCGAAGUUGAAACAACGAGGACUGAUUCUUGACCGUCACUUCGAGACGAUAAAGGCACAUGUGAAGGCGGGCAACUCCGUUGCGAAGGAGCGAUGGGACGCAAUCGAGAACGCAUGGGGGCUGAAGCAGACGGGUGUCUUCAACGAAGAAGAGUGGAUCACGCAGAUUGAUGGAGAGGCCCAGGGUAUUACCAGCAGCACCCGUCCGUCGUUUUUAACGCCACAAGAUGCGGGCGGCGCGCGAGGUGCACCGUCUUCGCACCCACCGCCUGCUACUGCUGCGGCUGCCGGGAAGAGAAAGGUCGCAGAUAGAUCGGGGGAAGCAAGCCACUGAUCGAGCUGCCCAAGGUGUUCUAGGUGG